AUGCCCAACUUGCAUCCAGAAGAAGGUACUUGUGAUAUUCAAGUUUUGAGAAGUAGUGCAGCUUGGAGUCUCGGUCUUGAUGAAACUGAGGCUAUUGUAGAAAGAAUUUUACAAGCCCACAAGAACAAAGAAAAAUUCAAAGUUAUUGUUGUAAUGCCACUGAUUCCGGGUUUCCCUGCUGAAAUUGAUUCUUCUGAUGCUGGUGUACCUCGUUCUGGUUGUACUGAUCCAAGCGAUUAUAUUGGUUUCUAUUCACUUCGAAAUCAUGAUAAAAUCAUUCACCAGGCCGUCAAAUUUGGUCGCGGUGUUCUCGAUGAUGAAGUUGAUGCUCCUUCAAUCGAGAAAGCUUACGAUAAUCCACAUGUUGACCCUGCUCGUAAAAAUUUCAAAUAUACAAAAUCCAACUCAGCCAGCCACCACAAACACAGUACACCUCCACAUAUUGAUGAAAAUGAUUGUACUUAUGUUACUGAAGAGUUAUACAUACAUUCCAAACUUUUGAUUGCUGAUGACAGAAUUGUUAUCAUGGGUUCAGGUUCAUCGCAAAAUGGUGACCAUGAUUCUGAAAUUGCUGCAAUUAUUGAAGACAAAAAUUACAUACAUUCUCGUAUGGCUGGAGAAAAAUGGCAAGCUGGAAAAUUUGCUGCCACACUUCGUCGUCACAUCUUCAAGCAACAUCUUGGUUUAGAAAUCAAUAAAAGUCAUGAAGAAGUGGACAAUAAUUGUCAUCCACCACCUAUUGAGUCAGAUUAUCGUGUUGACCCCUUUAACCUUCAUCACGCAGAUAGAAUUGUUGAAGAUCCUGUCUCAGAUGACUUUUAUAAAAACCAUUGGUAUCAUACUGCUUCUCAAAAUACUGAAAGUUUCCUUGCAAACUGGGACGACUUUAAAUCGUUUGUUUCGGAUCGUACCAAGGUUCCACUCGGGCACAUAACUGAAGCGUCAAAACAAAAUAUGGAAGCAACCAAAACAGAAUUACAUAAGAUUAAAGUUUUAUGUCGAACACAAUUGAAAAGAUCAAUUUCUAAACUUUAA